GGGUCGGGGGUCCAGAUGUCCAGUGCAUAAUGCAAACGACUUGUCUUCAUUUUCUCUCUCCUCAUUAUUUAUAAUCGGAGCUUCCUAUAUCAUCGGAAGCUAAGAUUCUUCACUAAAUCCUCUCUCACAAUUUCUAAUCUUUAUGAAAUUUGAAGUUUUCUGAUUUAGAAAACGUUUUUCCUUUUCACAUGGAAGUUCUUCUGUACCAUUCAGCACCUUCUCACCUACAGUUACAGCUGGUGGAGAAAAAAACGUGUUUACAAGGAUUACAUCCUUUGGUAGGGGAAAAGACACAAGGUGUGUGUACCCCAAGGAAGCAUUAUUUAGUGAAAAACCUCUAUCACCAUGAAGCUUCUGGUUCACUCAACACCAGUAAAAGUCGUCACAUUGUGCCCAAAGCCUUCAAUGAAAGUUACAGCGGGACUGUGGUUGGUGGGGAACAAAGUUUGAAAGAUAUAUCAGAUACUGCAGAUUCAGUGUCAAAGGUUUUGAUCCCAGGGUUGCCAGAUGAAGCAUUAGGUGAAACUAGUGCUUCUAUAAGUAGUUGUUAUUGGGAAUGGAAGCCAAAGUUUAACGUGCAUUAUGAAAAAGCUGGAUGUGGGAAUGUUAAUUCCCCACCACUUCUCUUCCUUCCUGGAUUUGGUGUUGGCAGCUUUCACUAUGAGAAGCAGCUGAAGGAAUUAGGGCGUGAUUUUAGAGUGUGGGCGCUAGAUUUUCUUGGCCAAGGAAAGUCAUUGCCCUUUGAAGAUCCUGCUCCUUUGUUGAAGAAAGUUAACCUCUCUCAACAAGAGGAUAAGACAUGGGGCUUUGGAGAGAAAGCUGAACCAUGGGCCGAAGAACUUGUUUAUUCUGUUGAUCUAUGGAGGGAUCAAGUACAAUAUUUCAUUGAGCAGGUCAUUGGUGAACCAGUUUAUGUUGUUGGGAAUUCACUUGGAGGAUAUGUUGCAACCUAUUUUGCAGCAUGUAACCCUGAGUUGGUGAAGGGUGUUACCCUACUCAAUGCAACACCUUUUUGGGGUUUUCUUCCAAAUCCCACAAAAUCUCCUUUACUAUCUAGGAUGUUUCCUCCGGCUGGAACUUUUCCUCUACCUGCUAAUGUAACUAAGAUUAUGGACAUAGUUUGGCAGAAAAUGAGUGAUCCGGAAACCAUAGCGGAGUUGCUCAGGCAAGUUUACGCGGACCAUUCAACAGAUGUUGAUAAAGUCUUUUCUCAGAUAGUUGAGACAACAGAACAUCCUGCUGCUGCAGCAGCAUUUGCCUCAAUAAUGUGUGCACCCACCGGUCAGCUAUCUUUUAACGAGUCUCUAUCAAGAUGUAAAGAAAGCAAUGUUCCUGUUUGUCUCGUGUAUGGGAAAGAGGAUCCAUGGGUAAAGCCCAUGUGGGGCCAACAGGUGAAGAAGCAACUUCCGAAAGCUUCAUACUAUGAAAUUAGCCCUGCAGGUCAUUGUCCUCAUGAUGAAGUUCCUGAGGUGGUAAACUAUUUACUGCGUGGUUGGAUCAAAAGUCAAGAAUCGGAGGGUUCUGUCACAUUGCCUCUGCUGGAUGAUCCAGAGGAGGUCCAAUAUGAUCUAACCAAGGACGUGGAAUUUGUCAGAGACGGAUCUAAAAAGUUAGUAAGAGUACGCUUCCUUGGUUCAGAGUUUUCACUCUGGAAGCAAAUACAAUCUCAGAUCAAAGGCCGAUUAAGGAAUAUAAGAAUGAAAACUCAAUGACGAAGCCAUGCAUGUAAUAUGCAGUGUUGUAGUCUUGUAGAUAUGUAAAUCCACCUUAUUCUUGUAAUUGUGUAUUAUUGAUAAUUAGUGAUUGUUGCCUGUAAAAAUCGUGUAGUUGCAUGUGCAGAUUAAAUCUGCUUAGUUCAAGGGAUCAGGGAAAUCAUAUAUUUGUAAUCCUCCCAUUAAUAGUUGAGUGAUUUGUUAGGAUCUGAUGCUUUCCAA